ACAGUGCACGACUUCCGAGAGGAGGUUACCAUGAUGAAGAGCUUAGAUCAUCCCUCGAUCUGCAAACUCUACGAUGUAGUGGAGGAUGAAGACACCAUCUACUUGAUUCUAGAGUACUGUGACGGCGGCGAGCUGAUGGGACGCAUUGACGACGAUGAUUUGCUCUGUGAGUACGAGAGUCGCAACGUUGUGAAGCAAGUAACGCAAGGCCUUCGCUACUGCCAUGAUCAGGGCAUUGUGCAUCGGGACAUCAAGCCCGAGAACAUCCUCUUCAAAAGCAGUGGACAUGGCGGAAGCAGAGACUACGUAAAACUGAUAGAUUUCGGCAUCGCGUCUUUUUUCACCGCAAAACAACCCCCGGCGAAUACAAAUACAUCAUGUGGUGCUCUAGUAGCGACCGCGACGGGAGCUCCUGGAGGCGCCGCGGUUGCUGCUGGACCCUCCUCGAGAACUUCUACCGAGAGCUUAGGAGGAGCUUUAUCAAAAACUACAGAAAAACUACACCAAGAACUCACAAACGAGUAUCGAGUUGGCACCUACGCCUAUGUUGCUCCCGAGGUCCUAGACGAAAAAGCUAGACGUCUCGACGAUAAAGUCGACAUGUGGUCCCUAGGUGUGGUGCUUUACGUAAUGUUGUCAGGGAUAAUGCCGUUUGCGGGUCCUUCGUGUCGCAGGGACAUCGCAAAAGGCAAUUUUCACCCUUUUUCGAAGGCGACAAUAUGUUAAGGCUCAGCUUUCAAUGGUCAUUCCGGUUGCUCACUGGGAUCGCAGAGAGGCUCUCCUUAGAAAACAGGCAGAGAACAAGUAGAGGGGUAACUACAAGUAGAGGGGGUAAGUAACAAGUACAGGGGAUGAAAGCACAGGGAGAACAAGUAGAGGGGUAACAAGUAGAGGGGGUAACAAGUACAGGGGAAAGCACAGGGAGAACAAGUAGAGGGGUAACACAAGUAGAGGGGUAACAAGUACAGGGGAAAGUACAGGGAGAACAAGUAGAGGGGUAACUACAAGUAGAGGGGGUAACAAGUACAGGGGAUGAAAGCACAGGGAGAUGAACAAGGGGUAAAGGGGUAAAGGGCCCUUUUCUUUCAGCAUCACUGACCAUUGAGUGCUCAGCUUUAAAUAUGGGCGCAGAUCUCGGUCGAAGCAAAAGACUUGAUCAGUCAGCUCCUGACAGUGGACCCAGCGAAAAGAUUGAGUGCGCAACAGGUACUGCCAACCUGUUCAUGGAUUGUUCAUAGUCGCCUUCUUCUAGUACUAACUAGUAAAUACUCACUCCUGCUGUAGUCCUACACUAUUUUUAAGAUUCUGGUCACGCUCAGUCACGGUCCUAGAAUACUCAUUCGUUUUCAUCUAGAAGGAGCAGGAGAAGCAGAAUCAAUGAAUAUGCUUCUUGUUCACCAACACCUUUAGAAGGAAGUAGAACUUUGAAGUUUGUUUCUUUUGCAUUCGAUGCUUCAAUCGCAUGACGUCUACUCAUGAUUGGAAUUGCCUGAGACUUGUUACCCCAGGCAACUCAUAUUUAUAUUUAUAUGAUUCCUACACGACUUACUGCUCAUGCUGCCUUCCAACCUCAGGUUCUCGAUCACCCCUGGCUCUGCAGUGCCCAAGUCCCCGGACGCAGCAGCAUCGUUGUUAGCGCUCCUUCGGCAUACGUUUGCGAUGUCGUACGUGCUGCUCGCACAUUAAAGUUGUUGAACCGGUUGAAGAGAUUUCAGACGCUGUCUUUGUUUCGACGUCUGACGCUGGCGAUCAUUGCAGUGAAAGUACCGGAUUUAACGCAUGUGAGGUAUUUGUUCCACGAGAUGGACACCGAUAAUAACGGCGUCAUCAGUCCAGAAGAAUUCUGCGCUUGUUGGAGAAAAUACGACGAUGAGGAC